GCGUGAGACCGCAGUCAGUCCCAAGCACGCCAUCACAUAGACCAUCCGUUUGGAAGAAAAGAAAAGAGAAUGGGAGCGGAAGGGGAAGAGCAGGAAAAGCAGGGAAAUCAGAAUCCAAAACCCAACUCCAUUACGCCGGCCCAGUUCCUCUCUUGGAAAAGGCAGAAGGAUUCAGAUGCAUCAGCUAGAAAAGCCGAAGCAGCUAGAAAACGUGAAGAGGAUAUCGCUGCAGGAACAGUCCAGAUGAAUGGCCGGGAGUUGUUUGCGCAUGAGCCUUGGGUGUUUGAUAACACCCGUUAUUGAGUUGCUCCUGCGAAGAAUUAUAUGAUUCAGCUAUACAAUUUCGACUUUAGUGAUUCUUUUCAUGAUGUUGACUUCCUAUCUUGCUUUGCUUUACUUUUCAGUUAUGCUGCCUUUUUUCUUUUUCCUUUUUUUUGAGAAUAUACAAGUUAUCGUGCUUUGCUGGGAA